AUGGCUAAACGAUGGAAGGGAAAGCCUCACUACGUCGACACCCAUCUAAACACAUGCCAAGACCCAUGCAUCCUACCGUCAGACGGCCGAUGUUUGAUUCAUAGACUUCCCACCGAACUCCUAGUGCAAACAUUCUUACUAGGACUCACGGACGUGUUCCAGGCCCUCGAGGACACUCUCGACUUUGGUCACAAUGCUCCUAAUGUGCUAGGGCAACGGAUGCCGUUCGAAAUCCUUGUCUCUCACGUGUGCCACCGAUGGCGAGCUGUUGCACUGAACGCGCCAAUGCUGUGGACCGAGAUUGAGCUCUCACGUCCACCACUACACAACAGGGCCGAGACAUGCCUGGAACGGUCGAAGACUUCUCCCUUGAACAUUGUAGCCGACAUCUCUGCGUUUAACUUCGACCCGCAGCACACUGGCUGGUACUGCAUGCGGAAAUCCGUGCGUGCAAAAAUGUGUAACGUUCUACCUUUCGGUGGAGAUGCGCCCAAGCUCACGCAUGUAAACCUAUCUGGUGUCCACAUUGAUUGGUCGCGGUCGCGGUUUCUAUCUGGCCUCACCACGCUUGAACUAUCCAAGCACCGUCCCGAUACCCUGCCGACAUUCCAGGAGAUGGCGCGGAUGCUACGGGAGUCUCCCAAUCUGCAUAGCCUCACUUUGAUGGAAUCAGGGCCGGCUGGAGGCACUGAUGAGUGGGACGCUGAACUAGCUGACUCCGAUUCACUCAAUCGGGCGAUGCUCUGGUCUGUCUCGCUUUCGGAGGUGACCCUCAUCUUCAAUGAGCCCGACUACCUGACAGACCUCGUUACGGGUUUCGUGUUUCCCAACCUCAAGACGCUCCAUCUGGGAAUUAAACGGCCUGAAUCUGAUUGUACACGUCUGCUGGAGAGUUUAGCGCAUCCUGCUCCUCACACCGAGAAGUCUGUCCUGGCUGGCCUAGAGGAAUUGGACAUCGUGCGAAUGCCUGGAGGAAGUGCGGACGCUGUACGAGCCGUCUACAAUGCGAUGCCAAAGCUUUCCGCUCUCAAUAUCAGCACUGCAGACGCCUCAGCGCAUUGGCACACACUGCUACUAUGCGAAGAGGUGCUGCCACGCCUCACAAAGCUCGUGAUCGGCGGCCUAACUGGAGCUCAGAUGCGCAACUUGGUCGCCAAACGUCAAGAGCGGGGCGCACCUCUGUGGGAGCUCAUUGUGCUCACGUCGCCCGAGAUGACGUGGGAAGACAUGCAGUGGCUGAGAAUGAACACGCAUAUGUUGCAAUGGAAGGCAAACCUAACGAUGAUGACCCCGGAAAUUGCGACGAUUGAGAUGGAAGUAGCAAGCAUAGUACCUAUGGUGGCUUUAGAUCCUUAUGAAUUCACCUUGAAGGACUUCGAUACGAGAUCGAUGCUGUACCGUGAAUAUAUCCUUGUACCAUGCGCUGUGCCGAGGCGUCAUACACGAGACAGGCAGCGCAGAAGUGAGGAAGUAUAUCAAUGGGUUUAG